AUGCUUAUUGCAACUGCUCAGCAAAGAUAUGGAUUUUUUGGGACGAAGGAUGGAUGGGGAUUGGUUAGGUCCCAAAAGGACUUCGAUAGACUGAUUGAUCUAAAUAGAAGACAUCACUAUAAAUACAUAGCUCUUUUGGAACCUUUUCAAGGCCCACAAGAGUUAGAACAAUAUAAAAGUAAAUUGGGAUUUCAAAAUGCUUAUUGCAACAAAUCAUCAAAGAUAUGGAUUUUUUGGGACGAAGGAUGGAUGGGGAUGGUAAUGAAGGAUAACAUUCAACAGUUAUCCAUGCAGUUUGUAGCAGGACGUAUCAAAUUCAUGGUGACAGCAGUGUAUGCAAGGUGUGAUGCUUUAGAAAGACUGGAAUUGUGGGAGGAGCUGGAGGAGAUAGCAGGGAAUAAUCAAGAGCCAUGGCUUGUGGGAGGGGAUUUUAAUGUUAUUUUGAAUGAAGAGGAGAAGCAAGGAGGACGCGAGUUCACUCAAUAUGAAGCCAUGGAUUUCAGCCAGUGCAUCAAUAAUUGUGCUUUAUCAGAGAUUGGAUAUUAUGGGAGUAAAUUCAAAUGGUGGAAUGGACGAAUAGAAGAACAUUGCAUUUUCAAAAGAUUAGAUAGAGUAUUAUGUAAUCAGGCAUUUGAAGAACUUCUUCCCAACUGCAAAAUUCACCAUAUGAUAAGGAAUAUAGUAGAGGAGAACUGGAAGGUGGACUUUCAAGGAUCGCCUUUUCUUGAAUUUCAGGCCAAGAUUAAAAAGGUCAAGCAGGCAUUGACACGAUGGAGUAAGGAGACAUUUGGGGAUAUAUUCCAACAGGUACGGAUGCUGGAAGAUGAGAUUGGAGUGAAGGAGAUACAACUGGAAAUUAAUCCUUCCCCCAAAAAUAGGGAAGAGUUAAGCAGAAAGGAGGCAGAGUUGAAAAAAAUUCGAUAUAUGGAGGAGGAAUUUUGGAGAUAG